AUGCGGAGAAGUAAGAAUCGCAGUCCUGUCAUGGCUAAGACUAUAUCCGCCUCGUGCGCUUCGAGAAAGAGGUACAGACCCCUAAUGCAGUUCUGCGUAGCGACUCUCCGUGGAGGUGUGCGGUCUUCGUGUCAUUUAUUCGAGGAAGAUUUUGCGUCGGGUUGUUCAGGAAAGCUAUUCGGAAUUGACGUCACGACAUGA